AUGGACCAGACUGAAGAAAAAGAGUCUGUCCAACCCCAUAACCCUAUGAUCGAAGGUCAGGGUAUCAUUUCGAGUCCCUCUAAGGAGCAUGAAGCUACUCCUCAUCUUUCAUUCUCCCUGCAAGCGCGUUCUUGCCGUGGCGCUGAGCUAUCACGUAUUCCACGCGUGCCGGGAUUGACUCAGAUGCUGCGAGCGUCCGGUGAAACGUCCCGCGAUUCAUCUCCUGAUACCACUGCACCUCUUUCUCCUAUUCCACGUCGGAGUGCCAUUCCCAUUCGUGUCCGCCGGGACACUGCCACGGCGCAGGAAUAUUCUUCUACCGAAUCUCCGAGUGUGCAGACCGGAGGUAUUAGGCUCCUGAGUGGUUCUUCCAGCCACUCCAGCACCUCCAGCCAGCCGCAGGAAGACGGCGAUAAUCACAACAACUUGGCAACCAUACCUGAGAAAAGCCUGGAUAAUCUUGCUGGCUCCACUGGCUCCAUCCCAGACGAUGGCGAUCUACGCCCUGCUCCCAUCCGCAUGGGUCCGACAGUGCGCAUCUCCAGCUCGGCUGAUCGUUACAUCUUGGGCCAUGAAACUGAUCGCACUCAUGCUCGGCCUGAGGCUUAUCGAUUGGGCAACGUCUAUUAUCCCCGUGUCAUUCAGGCAGACAGCCCGCCCAAUGAGACCGAAGACGGUGGUGGUCUAAGCACUGGCCAAGAGUCUGGGUACGAUGCCGAUGACGAGCCGCACUUGUCCACUGCAGACAGCCAGCAUGAUAUCUCUCGAACCCUCAAUGAUGUCGAAACUCAUCCCCAGCAUGACAUCUCUCCUGGCCAUUCGUACUUUGGCGCCAGAAUUGGUAUGGGCCAAGCAGCUCGGCAUACUCCGCAGCACAUCAUUGACCGUCGGCCUGUUCUGGGAUCCGCCAUUGCUGGACCAUCGAGUCGAGCAUUUCUGGGUUUUUCUUCGCAUCCUCCAGACACGCAGGGUUCGCUACCCAGCGACGUAUCUCCAGAGCUCCUCUCUUCUCGUCGGCUUUUAAUGGAGAAUCCUUCUCGUCUCCCAGGAAUGGAGCCUCGCAGUCACGGUGGCCAGUCUUCCUCGAGCAAUGAUCCAUUCAAUGCACCGCCUAUUCGACUGCCAAUUCGAGGAACCUUUACCGAGACCCAGGAGGGCCCUGUUUAUCCUUGGCACGAAGAACGUCACAGCCAGUCUCCAAAGAGCCCUAUUGCUUCGCGUCGACCCCUUGCAAAAUUCUCAUCAUACCAUUCGGACGUUGAGGGUCAGAGCCGCAGGGGCCAGACUUCUGAAAGUGAAGACUUCUUCCAUGGGCCGCCGAGUUAUCGACAGUCUGCUGUGACAACUUCUCGAAGCUCUCCACAAGUUGAGACUCUCAGUCACGACGACAAGGCUUUUCGCCCUAAGGAAUUAUCUUAUGGGCCGUAUAUUCGGCGGAAGCAGGUUCCUCAAGUUUCUCAAAGUCCUCCGAGCAAGAUCCCACGCCGUGAUGGCUCACCUCCGUCGGAUCGUGGUCCUACAGGCUCCCAACAGCUGCCGCAGACGUCGUCGGGUGCCACACUUACCGACUCCCCUGUCGUCCACCAAGGUGUCAGCCCGACUGGACCUGGAGAUGCAGGUCGAGUGGGAACCAUUCAGCGCCAUUCACGCACCACAUCGCGCAACCCCCUCCUCGACUUUGUCGAUACCGAGUCAGGAUGCAGGCCCAUUGCUCUUGGGCCGAGUGCAAGCAUCCCCACGCUGCGUAGUAAUCUCACAUUCGACGACAUCGUCACGCGUCACCCCGAGGUCGAGGGAAGAGUCAUCCAGACAAAUGUCGCCAGAAUCACCGAGCGCCGCACCGCGCGUCUGGUCGGUAACCUGCGCCAUGUCUUCUCGCGCAACAGGGCCGAACGGCGAGACUCGACAUUCGAGAUUGUCAACGCUCGCACGACCUCGCGGGGUGGAGGAAGCAGCAGCCGCAAGGAGCCCAGGAAUAAGCUCGCACAGACCAUCCGCGCCUCUGCCUCGACGGCGGCACUGCCUCGCCUCAGCGCGGGCCUCCAACGUCGUGCGCCCUCACUCCCCCAGCUAUCAACCACUGCCCAAGCCUACUCGACUGGCUCCCCCGGUGAGCGGGAUUCACACCCCCGCAUUCGCGCCGUCCGGUCCGGUUCGUUUAUCCCACGAAUCGGCCAUCGCCACUACAAGGGACCGGCGGCGCGCACCGGGGCGACGCGCAUGGUGAGUGAGGGCGGCGACUUGGAGCCACGCCGAGUGCAGGCGUGCCUCCGGGCCAUCGAGGAGGGGCUGGUCCAGGAGAUGGACCUGGACGGCCGGAGAAGUUUGCUGUCGGCGUGGACGGACCUUCGGUCCCUCUACUCCGACUACGUCAGCCGGGACGCUCGCGUCAGCGAGUCUGCCCAGUUGCUAUCCCAGCUUCGAGUGGAGGUGAAGCUGGUGAAGUGCGCCCUGCUCGUGGAGCUCGAGAGGGCGUACGCGCAGCUGGACAGUCGCAACGACGCGGGCGUUGCGGAUGGCGUGGCCGGGGACGAAUGA